GCCUCUUCGCAUAACAUGUCCAUACCAUUUAUUAUGAUCUGUACUUAUAAAAUCUUCUUCUUUUGUCCUCAGGUAUACAUUACAGAGAUAGCCGUUCCAGAAAUAAGAGGAUGUCUCAGUUCAGUAUCAAAAAUACUGAGCCAAAUCGGAAUUCUCAUCUCCUACUCUCUUGGAGCAUACUUGAACUGGCAACAACUCGCUUUCGUAGUCGCGACCGCUCCGAUCCUUCUCUUCCUAGCUCUCCUCUUCAUUCCUGAAACUCCUUCUUCUCUUUUCCUCAGAGGGAAAGAGGAAGAAGCCGCGGAUUCCUUGCAAUGGCUACGAGGACCUGACUCUGAUAUCCGACAGGAAUUAGCUACGAUCAGAACUAAUAUACUGGCGAGUAAGCAGUACCAUAACGGAAGAGCUGGAAAAUUUCAAGUCUUGCUAUCUAAAAGAUUGACAAGACCUGUGCUGAUUACUUGUGGGUUAAUGUUCUUCCAGAGGUUUACUGGUGCUCAUGUGUUCAGUUUCUACGCUGUGCCUAUGUUUAAAAAGACAUUUAGAAUGAUGAAUCCUCACGGAGGGGCUAUAGCUACUAGUGCUGUCCAACUUUUAGCAUCUUGUUUAUCUGGAAUGCUUAUAGAUAACGUUGGUAGAUUACCUUUGUUAAUGAUAAGUGGCGUAAUGAUGUCUAUCGCGUUAGCUGGUUAUGGUUCUUAUGCAUAUUAUAUGGCGAUAUUUAUGAAUUCAACUGACCUAACUCAAACAGAACCAGGCGCGUAUGAUUGGAUACCUUUGAUUUGUGUUUUAACGUUUACUAUAGCUUUCUCAUUAGGGAUUAGUCCGAUAUCUUCUUUGUUGAUUGGUGAAUUAUUUCCAUUGGAAUAUAGAAGUACGGGUAGCGCGUUAGCGACCAGUUUUAGUCAUUUAUGUGGUUUUGUUAAUGUGAAAACAGCAGCGGAUAUACAAGAUCAUAUAGGGUUGUAUGGUCUUUUUUGGUUGUAUGCUGGUAUCUCUGUCCUUUGUCUACUCUUUGUUGUUCUUUUUGUACCUGAAACUAAAGGUAGAGAGAUUGAUGAGAUGGAUCCUAAGUAUGUUGAAUCUUUGUGUAUAAAUCGAUAGUUGUAUCAAGAUUGUGUGGUUAUGGUAUAGCAAAGAGAUUAAAAAUAUAUAUAGAGUGAGCAUAGUUGACACUUCAUUUGAGAUAUUUUUCACACGAUUCUCACUAACGCUAUCUGUUAGCCUCGAAAUAUAUGUCCAUAUAAUUAAAUGUAUUUAUUUUAUAGAUGUCACUAAAUAAUAUUUAAAUGUUUAUUUUUUGUGACGCUGUUUAUUUUAAAACAAAAGAUGAAUUACGCUUUUGUAAAAUGUCAAUACAAAGACACUAAUCUUGACAACUAAUAUAUUACCUGUCACAGAAAUUACCGGUGGAACUUUGUUCACUAUGCCUAGUCUAUGUAUUUCUUAAAUUCUUUGGUUUAGACUGAUUUUCUUUUAUGAAUGAGUUUGGUUUGCCUUGGUACGGCAAUUUAGAAGUGAGAAAGUUUUAUUACAGUAUUAUUUCUUAAGUAGAUGUUUCGAGAUUUCAGUGCCUUGUUUUAUAAAGUUCCUUAUGUAAUAUUUCAAAUAGAGCAGCUAAAUAGAGAUAAAUGGAAUUAUCUUUUGUAGAUUUUUCUGUAGGAAUAUUUUAAUAUUUGCUAGUAAAUAUUUAUUUAUUGUAUAUAGUUUUUUGUAGAUAAUCGUUAAUUAUACUUAUUUGUCCUGUUUACUGAAGUAUAUAAUGUUAUAGCUAAGUUUACCUAUCACAAAUACUAUCCAAGGUGCUAAUUAUACAAAUCUUACUAAUAUUAUAAAUUCGAAAGUUUCGAUGGAUGUUUGUUAGAGUUUGUAGCCUAAACGA